CCGCAAAAACCCCAAACUGUAACGAUCCCCGGAAGAGCGAUGCACUGCUUCAAACUCCACAGCCACCAUCGCCACCCACUCCUUCUCCCUCCGCCCUUCCGCCACCGCCCCCUCCAUCUCCUGCGUUCCAUAACCCUAGCCCCCUUCCCUUCCCCUUGUCCUCUCCCUGUAUCCCCUGCCAUUCGCCUACUCGCACCGGUCCGCUCCUCCGCCUCCCCGUACGCCGCCGACGAGGUCCCCGUAGGUGACGACGACGAGGCAUUCCUCGAGUCCUUCCGCCCCCGGGAGAAGGAGACCGAGGAGGAGGCCCGCCGCCGGAACUGGGUGGAGCGGGGCUGGGCCCCCUGGGAGGAGAUCCUCACCCCGGAGGCCGACUUCGCCCGAAAGAGUCUUAAUGAGGGCGAGGAGGUCCCCCUUCAGUCCCCCGAGGCCAUCGAGGCCUUCCGGAUGCUCACCCCUUCCUACCGCCGCAAGAAGUUGGAGGAGAGCGGCCUUUCCGAGGACGAGUACCUCGACCAGCAGUUCGCCUUCAAGGGGGAGAUCCCCGACCCCCUCGAGACACUAUGGGAGGGCCCGCUUGCCGUGCGAAUGGUGCCGCCGAGGGACUGGCCGCCACCGGGCUGGGAGGUCGACCAGGCGGAGCUGGAGUUCAUCAGGGAGGCGCACAAGCUGCAGGCGGAGAGGGUGGAUCCGGGGGAGGAGGUCAGCACCGACACCGAUCGGAUGUGCCUGGAGAGGUACAAGGUCUUCCUGAGGCAGUACAAGGAGUGGGUGGCGGCAAACAGGGACCGGCUUGAAGAGGAGUCUUACAAGUUUGACCAAGAUUAUUAUCCUGGUAGGAGAAAAAGAGGCAAAGACUACAAAGAUGACAUGCUUGAACUCCCAUUUAUAUACCCAGGACAGAUUUGUCGAGGUAAAGUGACAACUCUACACCUUCACCAAGGAGCCUUUGUUGACAUUGGAUGCGUCCAUGAUGGGUGGGUUCCUAUAAAAGGAAAUGAUUGGUAUUGGAUCCGUCAUCAUAUUAAAGUUGGUAUGCAUGUCUUUGUGGAAGUUUUGGCAAAAAGAGAUCCAUACCGUUUCCGUUUUCCUAUUGAAAUGCGCUUUGUCAAUCCCAACAUUGAUCACCUUAUAUUCAACAGAUUUGACUAUCCGCCAAUUUUUCACAGGGAGGAGGAUACAAAUCCUGAACAACUUUGGCGGGAGUCUGGAAGGCCACCCAUUCCUAGAAAAAGGCCUUCAAUCAGAAUGGAAGAUCAAUCACUGUUAUCAGAUCAUCCAUAUGUAGACAAGUUAUGGCAGCUGCACAAUGCUGAGCAAAUGAUUCUGGAUUAUGAAGAGGAAAAUCCUGAUAAAUUUAAGACCACGACAUAUGAGUCAACCGUUAACGAGCAUUUUGAUGAAGAAAAUAGUGUUGAAUAUACACAAGCUCACUUCAAGGGGGCUUUGCUACCAAAGACAAUUUUGAACACAAAUAUCAAAGAACUUGAUAUGGAUUCUGCUCGUGCAGAGCGUCAGCUCAACAACAAAUUAAAGAAGGAAGCAGAAGAUCGAGAAGAAGAGUAUAAAAUUCCCAUGUUGAGACGGAAUGUGGAGAUGGAUGAGUACGAUUUGAUGCACUGGCAACGUUCAUUAGAGGAAAGAGAAGCUCUGAUCAGAGAUAUUAGCUGCCGAAGAGCUCUCGGCCUUCCUGUAGAGGAACCUGGGAGAUACGUCGACGACAAAGAGGUCUGGGGAAAGGACCGAUACGACCCGACGAGCGCAAUGUACCGAUACGACUACUGGGGAGAGCCCAAGAACUCAGAGAAAAGCAAGCAGGAGAGGAUGACGGAGGAUCACAACCGAUCCAUCGUCGGGAGAGGUGCUGUCUGGUAUGAGAUGUCGUAUGAAGAAGCCAUCAAGCAGCGAAUGCAUCGUGAAGCUCAAAUGAAGGCAGCGCCCGAGCAGGUAGACGAGAAAGAAGACGAGGACGAUGACGAUGAUGAUUUAGACAUCGACCCAAGAAUUCUUGGAGAUUCUAAUUCGUCCUCUGCAGAGAACAAGCCGGUUGUAAAUGGAACUGAGUCACCUAGCAUGUCGGAUGAAGGCAUGUUCGAUGACUAGUAGUAAUCCACAAGACAUUGAUUUCCUUCGAUCCGUUUCUUACGUAUAAUGUAAAACAUAUUCGAGGUUUUCCAGAUCGAGUCAUUCUUUUUCUUCA